AUGGGUCAAAAGUCACCGUGCACUGCUCCUGGGGGAGUAGAAAACAGAGUAACUGGUGGGUCCGACGUAGUAAAGGACGCCUACUACAAGAGGGUUUUUGGGAGACGGAAAAACGUAGAUCAAUUCGAUUCCAAUUACUACAAAGACGACCCUGUGCUAUUUGACCUCGAGAGCUACCCUAAGCAGGAAAAUGUUAAUCCGGGGACUGUCACCGUCGAAGGGUUUGGUUUGGAGGCAUGGGAAUUCGAAGAAUCACACCACAUAAGGGAGAAGACCGUCCUGGUGGACUACGCGGACCCUGGCAGUAUCCCGGAGAGGAAACUUCUACGGAGAAUCCACGAACUGCAGCAGCACGCUGGUUGGAGCCGAAAGCAAUAUAAAGCAGACUUGAAGGAAUUUACAGGCAACAUAGGGCUUCAUUUUGCGCGCCCCUCGGAUGGGGAUGACGACAUCUUGGUGUGCUCAAGCUCGUUUGCCUUUCUCAACCGCAAGGAUAUCUUCGUCAAUUUGGGAAAGGAUGUUUGCGCGCGGCCUAGGGCUUUGCCUUGCCGCUUUGUAGUUGAACCUCGAUAUGACCGCCGUUAA